CUCACUUUUUUGCGAAUCACUAUUUGUAAUGUGAAAUAGUGACGAAAAUAAGGCACACUCUAGAGAGAAAUAUAUAUAUAUAUACAGAGAGUUUUUGAGUGAGUGAGAGAGAUAGGGAUAAGUAUGUGUUAUAUAGAUGGGCGAAUAUUUAUUUAUCUGUGUUCAUGUAUGUCCAUGACAUUAGAUGAUUGAAGAAUAGUGUAACAGCAACAACAUCAUUCAUUUUUAAUAUAUUGUAUGUAUAAAAGGAAGAAGAAGAACAAGUACUGCAAUAGAGGGAGAAAGAAGCUAGCAAAGGUGGUUUUACGGAUUCAUUGUUUCCAUCUCUCUCCCUCUCUCUCUCCCUCCCUCCCCAUCCCCGGAUUGUAGCUGUCUCCUUGGAUAGUUUCCUCUUGCUUUUUUUUUUUCUGCCUUUCUAUGUAGAAGUACUGUAGAUCAACCAUACCCAAGAGCCACGAUUUUCAAAUUCUUCUCUAUUUUGCAUGUUUCUGAUCAUGAGAGCUCAAAUCUGUUAGUGGGUAGCGGUCAUCUUGGUUGAUUUUGGAUUGGAGUUGGCUACUGAUACUCCUGGUUCUUUAAUUUCUUUGUUGGUUGUAGUUAGAGUUCUUCAUAUAUGUGACCAAAUUAACUGGGUAGAUUUCAAUCAAUUUAUUAGCCAAGAGCCAGAAUUUUCUGUUAAGAUGUACUAGUUAACGAGUUCAAAGUAAUCUCUUGGUGGGUAGUGGUCAUUUUCGUUGAUUUGGAAUUGUAGAUUGGUUUCUGGUGAAGACAACAAAGAGAAACCACCAACAAAAGCUGCAUAUACAAAGCUCUAGACAUGGCGGUCACUCCCUCAUCAACGCCGUUCUUCGGUCUAAGAGAAGAUGAUCAAAACCAGAUGAAGCAGCAGCAGCAGCAGCAGCAACUUUCCAUACCCACUUCUUCAACAGCUCCAACCACAGCACCUCAGAAGAAAAGGAGAAAUCUUCCGGGAACACCAGAUCCAGAUGCGGAGGUAAUUGCACUAUCUCCCAAGACCCUAAUGGCAACAAACAGGUUCAUUUGUGAGGUAUGCAACAAAGGGUUCCAAAGGGAGCAAAACCUCCAGCUCCACAGAAGAGGACACAACCUGCCUUGGAAGUUAAAGCAGAAAACUACAAAAGAAGUGAAGAGGAAGGUGUAUCUGUGUCCCGAGCCAACCUGCGUCCACCACGACCCUUCCAGAGCCCUCGGCGACCUCACCGGCAUCAAGAAGCACUACUCAAGAAAGCAUGGCGAGAAGAAGUACAAGUGUGAGAAGUGUUCAAAGAGAUACGCGGUUCAAUCUGACUGGAAAGCCCAUUCUAAAACAUGUGGCACCAGAGAAUACAGAUGUGACUGUGGCACUCUUUUUUCAAGGAGGGACAGUUUCAUUACCCACAGGGCCUUCUGUGAUGCAUUGGCUCAGGAAAGUGCUAGACACCCUUCAAGCCUCAACACCAUCAGUAGCCAUCUAUAUGGUGGAACCAACCACAUGAGCUUGGGUCUUCCUCCAUUACAAGAUCAGAACCACCCUUCCAGCAACAUGUUAAGGCUUGGCAGUGUCGGGGGAGCGAAAUACGAGCACCUCAUUUCCCCAUCAAAUCCUUCUCCUUUGAGUCAGCCUCUACAAUCGAUGCCUUCACCUGCAUUCUUCAUGUCGGAUUCAAACCAAAGCUAUAAUCAAGAACAACAAAGCCACCAGCACGAAUUAAUACCAAACAAGCCAUUUCACGGUUUGAUGCAGCUUCCUGAUCUUCAAGCUGCCACCACUAACAACUCUCCUUCUGCUACCAAUCUCUUCAACCGUGGCUUCUUUCCAAGUAAUAGUUCCGGUAGCAGCAUGAACAAUGGAGAAAAUGGCAACCAAAAUAGCGCCAACCUAUCGCCUGCAGGUUUCUUAAUUCCUGAUCAGUUCAAUAAUGGAAAUGGAGGUGGUCAAGGAACAACGAUAUUCUCAGUUAACAUGGGCGAUAAUGUUGGACCAAGCCUGUCUUCUCUCUAUGGCAAUUCAGUGCAACGUGAAAGCAUCGUCCCCACGCACAUGUCUGCUACCGCAUUGCUUCAAAAGGCUGCUCAAAUUGGUUCAACCACAAGCAACAGCAAUGCCUCGUUACUAAAAGGAUUGGGCAGCUCUUCAUCAAGUGGUGCUAAAUCUGAUUGGCAAUUUAUGUCUACUAACUUUGGCAGAAGUUUUGGCAGUGGAGGAGGUGGUGGCGAAGAGAAUUCGAACCUAAGAUCACAAGUGGAAAAUGAAAAUCAAUUCCAAGGACUAAUGAAUUCUCUUGCAAAUGGGAGCUCUUCCAUAUUUGGCAGUGGGAAUGAGCAAGACCAUAACAGCUUUGGUGGAUUCAAUGAGAGCACGAUGUCGUCAGGAGAGUCCAAUAAGUUGCAUCAAAAUUUUAAGGUUGGUAUGGGAGGCUCUGACAGAUUGACACUGGACUUUUUGGGUGUUGGAGGAGGGAUGGUGAGAAAAAUGGGUGGUGGGUUUGCACAAAGAGAGCAGCAAAAUGGGAUUGAUAUAAGCUCUUUGGACCCUAAAAUGAAGUCAGCUCAGACAAGCAGUCAUGUCUUUGGUGGUCAAGAAUUGUCCUAAACAUGAAGCAAUUAAGGUAAGAAAAAAACACAAAGGGAAGAUAUGCAUGUGUGUAAGGCAAACAUGUAUGGUGAACCCACCAAAUAAUGUUCUAAUGGUUUACUAGUUUAUUAGAGUUUCAUUUUGUCAAUGUGACUUGCUCAGAGCUUUCUUUGAGUUUCACUUUUGCUUAA